GAAUUUGAGUUGAUUUCUGGAGAAGAUGAUCAAUAAUUUUCUUACAAAAGUGAUAAGAUUUUCUUUAAGUGUUUUUGCCUGAGAUGAGGUCGAAAUAUAGAAAGAUGAGGUUGUCGUUGGAGAAGGAAGUCGGAGAUGAAAUAAGAGAUUGCACAGAGUCACGUCAUAUUUGCAGAGAGUCACGACAUAUGGGUUUGAUUGAUUUUGAGGAGUGUUGUGUUGUUGUAUUAUUAAUUACGAUUCUACUCCUACUUUUGCUGAUCCUGCUUUGGCUGAUGUGUCUUUGUUUAAAUUUCAAUUGUCCUAUCUAGAUUUCCUUGUUGAUUAAAUUUUUUAAAAAAGAAAGUUUAAUUAUCAUAUUAUUGCACAAUAAUGACUAAAAAGCUAUGAAAAAAUCCCUAGUUUCAAUUAUAGGCCCACUUCCUAUUACGAGGCCACAGCCUCGUGCAGACUCUGCAUAGUUGAUCGCCGGAGACUCGUCUGGGGAGAGUAACGCCGCCAUGGAAAUCAAUCAAGUUGACGAAGACGAAGACGAAGGCCCACCUCCAGGCUACCAGUCCAUUCUUCCAUCACCACAACCACAGCUACCCCCACCAUCUUCGCCAUUACAACUAGCUCCACAACCGCCGCCACCACCGCUGCCGCCUUCUUCGCCGUUGCGACUAGCUUCGGAACCACCACCGCCACCAUCAUCUUCUCCAUUAAAAUUAGCUCCAGAACCACCACCACCAAUGCCGACAACGGGUCUAACACCAAUGCUAAAAACGACAUCUUUCGAAAUAGCUCAAAUGAUUUGUGGUCAUUGCCGCACGCUGCUCAAGUAUCCCCCAGGGGCUAGACAGGUUCUGUGUUCAUGUUGUCAGACUGUCAACUUUGUUCUAGAAGCUCAUCAGGUUGGACAAGUGAAAUGUGGAGGCUGUACACUGCUGCUGAUGUACCCUUAUGGAUCAUCUAAAGUUAGGUGUUCCUCAUGUCAACAUGUGACAGAGAUUGGAGUACACAAUGAGCGCCCUCCAUGGUCUGUACAGCAGGGGCAGCCACCUCCUGGUCCAAACCAAUGUUAUUAGAUUAUAAUAGAUUAGAUUGGUUGUUUUUAUUUUUAUUGUUUAUGUACAUGUAUAUGUAUCUGAUCAUUGGAAUUAAUAGGAAACACCUCAGUGGUUUUGUCUUAAGUUUGGCUGUCAUCGCUCUAAUUUAAGUUUAGGACAUCUGAAUGUUUCUCAGAAGUUCCUCUUCUUUCUUUUCCUUUUGUAAACUUCAAGUCUUGAACUAAUAAUAGGAAAUGACAUUCAGAUUAUUUUGUA